GAUGGUGAUGAUGAUGAUGAUGAUGAUGAUUCCGAUGAUGAUGACGAUGACGAUGAAUAUGAUGAUGAUGAUGAUGAAGAUGAUGGUGAUGAUGAUGAUGAUGAUGAUGAUGAUGAUGAUGAUGAUGAUGAUGAUGAUGAUGAUGANGUCUCCGUGAUACAAAAUUGUCUUAUUUCGCGUUCCGAAAUAACCACCUACAGUGUAGCCCAGUCACAAGGGAUACGUAUCAAAGACAUAAUGGGAUGGAAAUCCAUUAGUCUAUGCCCGUGGAGUGUCAAGUCUGAAAUUCAUCGGAUUUGCACAUUUGAUGAUGAUGAUGAUGAUGAUGAUGAUGAUGAUGAUGAUGGUGAUGAUCAUGAUGAUCAUGAUGAUGAUCAUGAUAAUGAUUCGGUUGACGAUGAUGACNUUCUAUGUGUUUUGUUUGAACGCCACGAUAGAUUUGAUGAUGAUGAUGAUGAUGAUGAUGAUGAUGGUGAUGAUCAUGAUGAUGCUGAUGAUGAUAUUAAUUUAUAUACUCAUUCCUCCUCUAAAUCUAUGAGAGUAUGA